UAUUUGGGGGGUAGACUGAGCAAUCAUUGUCGAGAUAUUCAUGACUGCCAAUUUCUUAAUAGACAAGAACAACGACUAAUACAUUCUCAAGCGCUGUUUAGACAAAGGAAACUGGUUCAUAUGGAUGUAAAAACAGUAUUUAAGACCGAAAUCUUGAUUCAAUAUUUAUACAUAAUCCUCUAGAUCAUGGAUCCGGCAGUAGAAAUAGAGUUGAGAGCGCGUCGGCUGCAGGAGCCGAUGAAUGCUGUGAUAGAGCUGGGCACCUCUCCCGUCCAGAAGUAUUAUGAGGAUACCACCGUCUUCAUCACGGGGGGCUCCGGAUUCCUCGGGAAGGCUCUCGUGGAGAAACUCUUCAGGGCCUGUAGAAUCAAGAAAAUAUUCUUACUGUUGAGAUCUAAGAAGGGCAAAAAUGUUCAGGAAAGGCUAGAAGAGGUUCUGCAAGAUCCUGUGUUUGACCUGGUGAGAGGGAAGCCCAGGUUUGCGGGGCGCAUCGUGCCGGUGUCCGGAGACGCGGCUGAGCCCAGACUGGGGCUGUCUUAUAAAGACUGGAGCACACUCACUAAGGAGGUUGACAUAAUAUUUCAUAUGGCGGCGACAGUCCGAUUCGAUGAACCGCUCAAAGUGGCAGCCAAGAUCAACGUGGGGGGGACUCUUAAAGCUGUGGAGUUAGCCAAGAGCUGCACCAAACUCAAGCAAUUUAUCCACGUGUCAACCGCAUACACUCAUGCUACCAGAGAGAGGGUCGGCAAAGAAGUGAAGGAACAGUUCUACCCGUGCCCCAUGAGUCCAGAACUGUUCAUGGACCUGGUCGACACCUUGGAUGAGAGACGCCUGAAUGGUAUAACACCAGGGUUGAUCAAGGGCUGGCCGAACACCUACACAUUCACGAAGGCGCUAGCUGAGCACGUGGUCCGCGAUGCUGGCGUUGACCUGCCUGUUUGUGUCGUGAAGCCACCCAUAGUUCUUCAUGCUUUAUACGAGCCUCAUCCUGGGUGGCUGGAGAAGUCAUGUUUAGGAGGCAUAUCCGGGAUGGCUUUAGGGGCUAGUAUGGGUGUGCUACGCGUAUUUUUCGUCGAUUUAGAAAACAAAUUUGCCGGUGUACCACUUGAAUAUGUUAACAACGCAAUCAUUGGAGCUGCUUGGGACUCGACCGAGAGGGAGAAAGAAGGAAAUAAAGAAAUACCUAUUUAUAUAGUUUCAAACGAAGAAACGCUGCGAAAAUGGAGAGAUUACAGUAAGUUUAUGGGCACACUAUAUAGACCUGGUUUGUCUUUGCCCAUAGCUCUGUGGUACUGCUACUUGAUAGAGACUAAAAAUAUCUUCGUCUACCAUUUGUUGAGCUGGCUAUUGCAUUACAUACCGGCUUAUGUCAUGGAUGGUGUAUGUGCUGUCAUUGGGAGGAGACCGAAAGGAAUCCCGUCAUUCGUGAAAGCAUAUCAGAGGAUAGAUAAAAAACUGGAAGCUUACAAAUACUUCCUGACUAAUUCCUGGAUAUUCAGGGACGAUAAUGUCAAAGCAAUGAUCUCCCGAAUGACAGAAAACGACGGAGCGAUAUUCAAUUGUAAUCUCAGUACUGUUGACACCGAUGCGCACGCGCAGGUCUGGUGUAUAGGUUUAAGAAGAUACAUUUUGAAGCAUGAUUUGAAGGAUACUGUUAAAAGUGAGAAUAAACAAAAAUUGUUAUGUUUAGCUAAUAUGGUAUUUCUUGUAGUCUAUGGUUAUGGUCUAUGGUUUGUUCUGUCAACGAUAUUGUCUAUGGCUUGUUAUUUGUUUCGCUUUUUUGUAUAAAUGUUAGAUGAUU